AUGGGUCCCCUUGGCUUCACUAUAAUAAGAUUGGUGGGGUCUGCUGGGGAGGGGGAUUUACUGGAGCACGACUCCCCCCAGGGCAUCUUCACAGAAACCAGCCCCUCCACCAGCUUUGGAGCUGGGCCCAGCCAAAGCGGCUUGGCUUCCCUAUUGUUCACGAUCACAUUGGUGCUGAGUGUGCAGCAGGCCAGCAGCCAAACGGAGAUGAAGAGGGUGGUAGGGGACAAUGCAACACUGCCCUGCCACCAUCAGUUCUGGCAGGCCGACACCUCCACUCUGGACAUCGAGUGGUUGCUGCUGAAUCCUAGCUCCAAGCAGAAAGUGGUGAUCACAUAUUUCGCCGGCCGUGUUUACGACCCCAACGAAAGCGAGAGGGGUCGCCUGUCCUUCGCGGCAGACUACCUUAAGGGGGACGCCUCACUGCUGAUCAGUGACCUGUCACUGGCAGACUCUGGAGAAUACAGCUGCAAGGUGAAGAACGGAGGGAAAUACGAAUGGAGCACAGUCAAGCUUAUUGUACUGGUGAAGCCGUCGAAACCGCGCUGCUGGAUGGAGGGCAGAUUACUGGAGGGCAGUGAUGUAAAGAUGAGCUGUAAGUCCACAGACGGAUCCGACCCCAUUCAUUACAAGUGGGAACGUCUCCUGGACAAGGGCAAGUAUGUGGGGAAGCUGCCUCAACUAGCUCUUAUCGACCUGAAGAACCCGGAGGUGGUCACUCUGAAGAACCUGACCAGGGAGAGCGCGGGGGUGUAUCGCUGUACGGCCAGCAACGACGUGGGAGAGGAGAGCUGUACCGUGGAGGUCAAGCUCCACUACGUACGCGGUAUGGGAGUGGUGGCGGGCGCUGUGGUGGGCGUGUCUUUCGGAGUCUUCCUCAUCAUCUUCAUCAUCUGGCUCGUCUUUCGCAAGAAGGAAAAGAAGAAAUACGAAGAAGAGGAGACCCCUAACGAAAUCAGGGAAGACGCGGAAGCUCCCAAAGCAAAACUGGUGAAACCGAACUCCCUGUCGUCGUCUCGGUCCGGCAGCUCCCGCUCCGGCGCUUCCUCCACUCAGUCCAUGGUCCCCAACACUGCCCCCCGCGGGACACACCCCCGCCUGCCCGCCGUGGCCGCGCUGAAGGAAAACGGCCAGCCAGGCGGGUUUCCCCAGUCGCCUCCCGCCUACACCCAGGUGGCCUCCAAACCCCUAGAGCCUGGGACGCCCAAGCGUAGCCCUUCAAAGCUCAGCCCAAGCAACUUGGUUAGAAUGGGGGCCACACCUGUUAUGAUUCCUGCCCAAACCAAGGCCUUCCAGACUGUGUAG